AUGCUCCGGGGCAGACUCGGGAGCCUGGUGGGAGCCCUAGAGGAGGGGCGUCCUUCGGGGUCCCGGAGCUCGAGCGAGCGGGUUAGGCUUCAGGGCAACUUCGAGAUAGGGAGGGAAAGCUGCGGUGUGGCGCUGGGCCUGCGGUGGCGACGCAUCCAGCCCGAGUUCCCGGCCGGUGGCUCCGAGUGUGAUGUGCUGGGCAGAGAAGAGUCCACAGGACUUGAAGACAUGCUCUCCUCGAAGCUGAAGCGCUGUUCUGUAAAGCAGCCUGGCAGAGCUACACCACAGGGCACCACACUUUUCAUCUGCCUGAAGGAGCAAUAAAACAGAUUAAAGACCUCCACCCUUGACCUUAUUAACCCAAGUGAAUACCAUGGCAGCAUAUGGUUCAGACAGGUCAGUAGAAUUCUGGAAGGAUCUACAACUGUGUUGGCACAUUCUCUCUGUGGUCUUGUUAAUGUAGUGACUGCAACUAUGUACGUUAUAGUGGGUCGCAUGCGGUCAGCGGAUGUCUGCACCCUUAGCUCUGCUGGCAAACUGCUUCUCUCUGGGUUCUUGGCCCUGUUUGGCUUUGGUGGAAGAACUGUCGCUCUGGCAGAGAAAUGCAGAUGGAUGCCUCCCACUCAGAGAGACUUUGCUGUGACCAAAGCAUUGGCCAAACUUAAGCCAGAGAAUUAUAAAAUGUCAUUUUUACCAGCCGGUUGCUCUCAGGAUGAAGAAGAAAAGAGGUCUCAGGAAUCUGGUGAGUCGGACUGUGGUGGUCAAUGGCAAACCACACAAGGACAGUUCUUGAGCAUCGGUGUCAUGGCAAUUCCCUGUCUGUGUUCAGUGGCACCCAGAGGCUUUGCACCUGACACCAGGUUAAAUAACGGAAGCACGGCUCUAACAGCUGUACAGAACAUCACUCAACCAGAAUUUGUAAAGCUGAAAAGAUACUCCCGAGUGGAGAAUCAGUUCAAUUUUCCCUUUGUGGAGACUUAUACCAUUGAAGAAGUAAAAAUUUAUUCAGGGAGUAAUAGCAAUGGAUGCAAUCCACAGCAGGAACCAACUGUUUCAGAACAUGGUUUUCCUUGGAAUGUAGAUGGUGACUUAAUGGGAGCUGCAUCCAUUCUUUACAGGCUGCUCCUAAGGCUGAUCAGACUUUACAGAGGAAGUCUGGAAGAAAUGACCGACUACAGAGUUGCCUGUAACUGCAUGUAA